AUGAGGCAACCUUUGAAGCCUGAGCGAGAGCCAUUACCAGGUAUAGCUGCCGCGGCUUGUAGAACUGGCGCUGAUAAGGAUCUGGUCAAGGGGGAUAUUCCUGUUGGUUCUGAAUCUGAGGACGAACAUGAAGGUAUCGACGACUCAAGUGAUCCAGCUCAACAUCAAAAAACUGAAGAGGAACUCGAUGAUGCUCUGCGUAAAGGAGAUUUCGACGAUAUUAACCAGAAAGUGACUCCAGAAACCCUAUCACGCUGUAAAAGUAAUACCUUACUCAAAGCUUUUCAGGUCAACAAAGCACUCCGAGAUUUAGCACAUGAUGCAAACUCGGAAAAAGAUGAUCUAGAGAUGCUGGAAAAAUCUAUAGAUGAGUUCACAUCAGCCUUGAUAGACCCUCUAAAAGCUGACCCCGACACCAGAAAAACAUUUCAAAGUUGUUUUGACUAUGUGAUUGACAAGGCAAUCGACACAGAGCAGAAGAAGUUCCUCUCUCACCCGGUAGUGUAUAACUUGCUCAUCACUAAAUGGUACGGCUCCUUUUUCGAAAUGCGAAAAAAUUCAUGGUGGUCACGUAGACGCUGAUACUUUUUUCUCAACCUUUGGACAGUGUUUGACAUCGUCUUAUUUCCCUUCCUCUUUGCCAUUUUCUUCGUUGUGCAUUUGAUAAAACAGGGCUUGAGGAAAGGAAGAGAAACUGAAAUGUGUUUUGUUUUGACGCUGGACAAAGAUACGCUAAAAGAAGAAUUUGAUCUGAUCAAGAAGACCAUGAGCUACAUCGUUCAGGAAUAUGGCUGCCAAUCAGCCAACUAUUGUGUGAUUUUACGUAAAAACAACGAAUUCAUUGGUGGCAUUAACUUUGAAGAGAGGUACUCUUGUAAGGCCACACUGCAAAAUAGGAUUGCCGAGUUAGAGCAGCCAAGCUCUCCUGCUCUACUCUUUGAAGACCUCGAAACCGUUUGUCGUGCAUUCAAAAGCCCAAACGUUCGAAAAGAUGCUAAGAAGGUGGUCGUAUUUUUUCUGAAUUACACAUUGAAUAUGUCAGUGGAAAAAACUGAGAAGUUACAGCGCUUAGUAAAGGAUGUAAAGGAUAUGCAAGUUAACAUCGUUCCCGUCGGUAUUGGGGAGAACGCCAAAUUAUCAGAAUUAAAAAUGAUGGUAACUAAAGAUGGCACAGCACUUCACUUUGGAGAAUACGAGUCACACGAGACGUUAGGGAGAGCUGUCAUACAAGGCAUCGAGGGAAAGGACAUCUAUGAGAAAUACAAGGAUUACUUUACGACUCCUUAUUUCGUCUUUUUUCGCGACACGCUGAGCUAUAUCACCCUCCUCAUUCUUCACUUCGCUCUUUGCCUUUCUCCUUCAACUGUUUCCUUCAGUCGACUAGAAUUGGUUUUAUCAGUUUUCUUCGUGGGACGCAUUUUUAUGGAGAUUAUGCAGUUUAUCAGUGCUAAAAAGAACGGAGUGAAAUCACACACAGAGAGGCGAAAUAGUGACGGAUACACCCACCGAUUAUGUUCACCUGAGGAUCCACAAGUAAACGAAACAGGAAAUGACAGCAUUUUACGAAAGACUUUCAUUCGUUACUUCAGCGACCGCUGGAAUGUGCUGGACUUCAUCAUUCUUGUUUUAUACCUAAUUACCUUCAUAUUACGCAUGAUCACAUUAGGGAUCUCCACCGACGUAUCAGAAAACAGACUCUUGGUUGUGUCGGAGUAUUUCUAUGGUUUUAUUGCCAUGUUUCUCACAAUAAGAGCCUUUGGUCAAGUCAUAGAGCGCUUGCGGAAAAUGGGUGCCAUACAAAUCGCCUUAUUUUUCAUCAUCUCUGAUGUCUUGACGAUAUUUUGGCAGUUUUUGGCCAUGAUUCUGGCCUUUGCGCUGCCCAUGACAAAGAUUUAUAUUGCUGAGAAAGCUUAUACCUCAGGAAAAGCUUCCGCGGGUGAUUUGGUAUGCAGUGAACCAGGGAUAAUUUGUUGGUGGAACAUGGUAAAGCACCUAAUCUGGUCGUUUGUGGGUUUAGCUGACCUGGAUAGGUUGAACUCCGUCGACAAUCUUUCCGUUUUUCUUGUUCAAGUGCUGUACGGCUUGUUCUUAGUUAUGGCAGUUGUUCUUCUCGUGAACAUGAUGAUUGCUUUGCUCUCCAAUACGUAUCAGCAGGUUCAGGAUAAUUCACUGCAGGAGUGGUCUUUCAAGAGAGCCAUUACUGUCAGGACUUACAGCACCAAUCAUCCAAUACCAGUGCCUUUCAACAUUUUGUCUCUCUCACUGAUGUUACUCCGGUACAUCCUUUUGAGGAGUCCAUGCUGCAGAUCGUCUUAUACUCCUGCUUUGGAUGAGGCAGGACGGAGUAGAACCCUGGAUACACUGGUGAAGAACCUAGAAAGAAGAUACUUUGAGAAGUACGGUUAUAAAUUUCCCCUCACAGAGGAGAAAAAGGUGGAUCACUUGGUAAAACAAAAUGAAGGAGGUCGGAAAAUGACUAAUCAGAUUGUACGGGAAAUAUUCCGACCGCGUGGAAACAAGGAGGAGAAACUUGCGUUUGGACAAGGAGCGUGGUAUGAUUCGCCGGGAAUCGCUGUGGAUGGCUGUCUCCUAACUUACAUGGGACCUGAUUUCUGCAAAAAAUGCAAAGAUGCAAAUCCUAACGACAUUCACAGUGCCAUAUUCAAGUCUCCCUUUACACCAGAGACACCACGAUUUGAGGUACUCAUUCAGAGAACUGGAGAGAGGCGUUUUAUUGCACUAGGUGCCGUGAAUAAGGAUUACGACCUUCACAAAAUGCCUGGUUGGUAUAAUGGAACAGUUGGUUACCACGUAGACGAUGGGAAAAUAUUUGACAGUAGAUGCCCUGAAAUGGGAAGAGAGAUCAAAGGAGCCAUGGCUUAUCGCGGCGAUCUCAUCGCCUGUGAAGUUGAUUUUAAAGGAGUCCGUAAGGAUAGAGUCUCUGUGUUGUUCUCCUUGAACGGUAAAGAAGUAGGGCGUUCUUCAGUAAAGUACACCUCAGGACAACUACUAUAUCCCUUGGUCUCAUUGGGAUUUCCGGGCAUUAAAGUGCUGGCCAAGAUGUGCUAUCGUGAUAGAGACCGUUUCAGUAGAGUAACAAAUGAAGACCUUCAGGAUCAACUUGACGACCUAAGGAGGAUGUUGGUGGAUCUGAGGAAGGAAGUAAGGGAGAAAGAAGAGCCAGGAAAAGUUUUUAAGAAACAACCCUAAUUAGGUGACGAUGUAAAAUCGUGCACUUUGAUGGAUCAGGGAGUUAACCAGCUAUAAUCUUGCAGCUUUAUUUUCGAUAUUCCUCUCUCUUCAUUACUGAUUUUUUUCAGUGGAGGGAGGAAAAUAAAAAAGACCGUAGGUAAAAAUCCAUGGACGUAUUCUCAUUUAUAAGUUACCUUUGCUUUAUAUAAUUCUUUUAGUUCAAAGAUCUGGUAAAAAACUCUUCCCUUCAUCUGCUAUACAAGUUGCAAAUUUGGGAAAAUGUAAGGUUAAAUAAAGGUAUCACUUUACUUAUGA